AUGGCUCUCCGCCGCACGCCGCGUGGCGCGCUGGCGCGCUACUUCUCGAGGGAGCGCGAGGUGAAGGUGGCCUGCGACGCGUUGGCGGAGAGCAUCCAAACGGGAGAUUCAGCUUGGUUCGAGCGCGUCAUCCAACAGCUCCGCGGCGUGCUGCUGGAGCGGCAGAACGAUGCCGCCGUUGCCGCUGUCGAAGCCUCUGCGCGGCCACCAGCGUUGAAAGCGGCACUGGUGGUUUCACCGAAAGCUGCGCCGGUGUCCACGUUUCCCACGGCAAGACCGGAGGUGUCGCAGAAGCCGCCGGACUCGGAUCUUGACGAGGCGCCCCCAUGGCUCCAAGCCCUGCGGCUGCUGGAGGAAGCCGCACGGCCGCCAGGAACCGCCAAGGCGGCCAAGACGGUGGAGAACCAACGAGCAGAAGGAUAUUUUCCGGCAACUGCACCAGCUCCAGAAGAUCUCCAAGACCAGCAGCUGCAAGCCUAUCUGAAGAGUUUCUCCCCAGAUCCUCCGCAAGCUCUGGAGCCUGGUUGGGCCAAGGCCAUUCGCUUGUUGGAAGCUGCCCCGGUGAGCCGAAGAUCGUCAGAACCAGUGCAACCCAGAGCGACAGAAGCGGUCAAGGCCCCACCGGAGAUGGCCCCGGACCGACAACGCAACGUGCGGAUGCAGAGCUACCAGGCGCUGCUGCAGCAGAGCGCCACAGCAAAGCCUGGCGCUGCGCUGCCGGACUGGCGGCCGAAGCGGGAAACCGAGAAGGUGGAAACGGUGAAGGAGGUCAAGGCAGCGGUGAAACCACCGCCGGUGCCGAAAAGUAAGGCGCCAGCUGAAGACGUGGGCAUCGGCCGCGGUCACCUGGUCCCGUCUCAGCCCGGCCCGCUGCACGACGACGACGAGUUUGAUGUGGUGGACGGGGAGCUGCGGAAGGAGGACCUGGUGUGGUCGGAGCACGAGUUCAACGACGGGGACCGGGAAAAUCGCCGAGUGUUGCGGAAGUUCACCAAGGAGUUCAAAAAGAUGGCAGAAGACAUCCCCGAAGGCAUCCGAAAUCCAAAGCUCCUCACUGCUGCUUUGGAUCUAGCCUUGGCUUGCGUGAAGUGUUACGAGUUGGAUAAGGCGGAUGCCAUCUACCGCCGUGUGCUGGGCGAAUGCCGACGCCGCGGGAUGCCGUGGGACGUAAAGUGUUUGCAGGACCUGGCCACGCUGCGCUGCAAGCAGCACCGCCAGGCGGACGCCGCGGAGCUGCUGGAGGAGUUGGCACAGAAGGCGCCGCCGCAUCCGGCGACCUUCAUCAACCUGGGCACGGUCUACAACCAGCUGCGGCAAUACGAAAAAGCUGAAUCCUGGUUCCACCAAGCUGUAAAUCUCAAGGGUGGCACACCGGAACGAGAAGACGUGUGGAACCUGGCGAUUUGCAAGAAAAACAUGGGUCGCUACGACGAAGCCUUGCCCAUGCUGCAGCAAGCGUUGGCGGAAUUUCAGCUGCACGAACCGCACCAUCCAGUUACCAUUGCCAAACUGCAUAGCUCCCUGGGUGGCUGCUUGCACGACAUGGGUCGCUUCUCAGAAGCUGCUGAACAGUAUGGAGAAGCCUAUGACCUCUACUCGUCCACCGUUGGACGGCGGUCGCCCUUAUUCUGUGGUGCCGCGGAGGGGAAGGCCAAAGCUUUGCAGAAGGAGGGCAAACUGCAAGAGGCCUUCGAGGCAUUGGAGGAGGCAUUUGGCGUUCAUGCGAGAUGCGAUUCGGUCCAUCCUACGCCAUUGUUCGAAUGCUUGGAGAUGGCUCUCAGGCUCCAUGAUGAGUGUCCGACUUUGGACCUGUCCAGUCUGAAGCCUAUCAUUGAGGAUGGCUUGAAAAACUUGGAAAGUCGCGGGCAACACGAAGAUGGCAAUGCUGGUUUGGUCAUGAGCCGCGCCGGGAAAGUCCUCCUGCGCUGCGACGGCGACGACGUCUUUGCCACGGCUCUGCUGCGGAACGGGCAGCGCUUGAUUCGGGAGGCGCAUGAGGCGAAGGAGGCGGACUUGGCGCAUGAGAUUUUGGAGGACAGCGAUGCUUCACCCAAGAGAGAUCUGGAAGAGGAUGUCAAGAUCUUGCGACUCUUCCUGUUCUAUGUGCCUCAAACGGAUGCCUGGAUCAUCAGUGAUGCGCCCGACCUUGCGGGCAACGUCAUUGCAGACUGCGGCCCUUUAAAUGAAGGGAAAGAUUUGGAACAAAUCUGGCGAGUUUGGGACGGUGACGGCUGGAAAGAGGACCACAACAUCUCGGCCGAGAUCAUUGGAGCCUCCGAGCUCACGUGCUUGACGGCGGGUGGGAAACGCAGCUAUAGGGGCGCGCUGGGAACCAGGAAACCUGUGCUGGACCUCUUGGACAACAAGUUCGAACGCUUGAUUUUCUUGUUCACCGAAUGGAGACAAGUAAACCUGCAACAGCACGACCAAGUCGUCCAGAUGCUUGCGAACCAAGCGCAUGUACUGAACCGGAGGGAUGAAGCCCAAGAUCCUAUGUACAAUCAACACAGUUCGGGCUCGCGCACGAGCUUUCUACCGGAGACGCCGAAGGACGAGUUCGAUGCAGCGAUCCUCUCCGGGCGCUUUGACGGCCGUGAGAAUCGCAGCUCGCUCCUCUCUUUGAACGUGCCAGAGCAGGAGAAACCGGAGACAAUUUCUUUGGCAAUCCCUCAGAUCGGUCCGACCGACCGGAGCAAUAGCAAUUCUUCUGCGAGAGAUCAGCGGACGGAGGCGCAAAUAAGGCAUCGACACACAUCAGAAUCCCAUCAUCGAGAGAAGCACACGGGAACAAUGAAAGGCGGUGUGAAGAGUUGGAGUGUUCAUGAUGUGAACCUGAACGGUGGUUUGAGGAGCAUGACCGCCGUCGCCGAAGCCGACUCCUGGGCCCAGAACGUCCGCUCGCGGAUGUCGCUUCGGUCGCACCGCUCGGGGGAAGAUGUGAAGAAGGUCAUGUCGCAACGCGUGAGGGUGCAAGACAUGGAGGCGGCUUUUUUGGAGAGCGUGGUAGGCCAGAGGAGGUCGUUGGUCCUCGCUCCGGUACCAGCGGAACCGGAACCGCCAAGUGUUGCCAUGGAAACGCUUCCUUCGCCGCAGCCACUGGGCCAGUCCCACGCUGCAAGUCCUUCGCUUCUGGAACCGGUACGGAAGAACACCAUCACCAGCAACAGCAUGGAGAUAGAGAACUUGGUGAGAUUGAGCAACCGCGCAGAGACCGCCAUCCUUGACCAAAUGUCCGGUGCAGAUUCCCCCGCACAGAGUGCGUUGAGCCAGGACAGAGGCUGUGAGAUCUCGUUAAAAGUGCCGCAGUGCCUGCUCGGCUUUGUGUUGCUCUUGAGCGUUUGCAACGUGGUCUUAUACGCCAUCUUCCGUUUCCUUCGUCACCACGUGGCUUGGGAUGGCCUGACGGUGAUUGCCAACAGCUUCUUUACCUGCGCUGCAGUUCUCUCGUCUGUUUUCCUCAGGGACGCUUUACGAUCGACGGAUUUGGAACUCACAAUGGGGAAGCUGCACUCAUUUGUGGAUGACGUGAUGCACGAAUGGUGGAGGUUAUCUUACAUUGAGCAAUGGAGGAGUUGUGUCUUUUGGAUUCUCUGGGUCAUCGUCUUUUUGGCUGGGCAGGUGCUACGGGAGUGGUACUUAGAAGAGGCCAUGGACCCGAGCUCUGCGCUGGAGUCCCGGGCUUUCAGGUAUACUCUUCGUGGCAUCACUGCCUUUUGUUGGGUCGUGUCGAGUUUCCUGGUGGUCUUGGAGGCUUAUGUUCAAAAUCACAUGCUCUUGGGUUUAGACUCCUCUCUCGACUGUUGGUGUGCUUAUUUGCUGGAUUGCCCGGAUUUCAGCUUGGGAGUAGAUAGUUGGAAUUGCCUCCAGGCUUUGUUGAAAUGCAUCAGCCGCAAAGUGGCCAAGAGUUUUCUCGUGAUGCAGAUCACCGGAGGUAUCGCUUGUAUCUACUGUUUAGCCUCCACCGUGAUGGUUGCAUUCCUUUCAGGCUUUUCAUUGAACGUCAUAUUGGUGGAAGGAGCCUUUCUGUUGCCCGUCCUAAUGCUCUUCUUUGUGGAGAUGAGGGUCUUUUGGCGCGGCACAGCCAUUACGGAGAAAUGUCGCAUCGUCCCAGCCUUUGUGAACCAAAUCCCAGCAGGACGACGGAUCAACAUGGAACGAUCCUACCUGGUUCAAUUCAUCACCGACAGCUCCGCCGGAUUCUUCGUGCGAGAAGUCAAGUUAACGCGUGAGAUGCUCUUGAAGAAUUUCAUGAUCAUCGGAGGCAUUUUGUCUGGUCUCGUGGCCGUGAUGUCGCGCGUUUGA